AUCACUUUUCUUUCUACGCCUACUGGACGUGUGAUUAGAUGUAACCAGAGUCACCUCCUCACACGCGGAGCGUUCAGUUUUGCUCAACAAUGCUUAACAGGAGACUAAGUUAGAUGCUGUUCUGUUUUUAAAGGAAGUCUCUGGAGAGAUGUCUCAGCACGCUUGAUAAUGUGCUUUUGAGUGGAAACAUUGUGUCAGAUAGAGUGAGGCCUGUACAAUCUAAGCAGUUUUCUGUUUACUCCGGCUGUCGUAAAACUCUUCCUAUAUCGGCAGAGCCGUUAAUUGAUUGGCUUCCAAGGAGCACGUGGUCGAGAUUGGCAUCUCCUCCUUAAAACAGCUCUGGUUCUACUGACUCUCAUGGCAGGGGAAGGCAUAAGUGAUACAGAUAUAGAUUCCAUUAACUAGUCUUCUCUUCAUAAUGGCCAGUCAGGGUGAUGGAGAGGUGUGGUAUGCCCAUCCGGUUUACGCCCGAUACUGGCAGCACUACCAGCAGGCCAUGAGCUGGUACCAGAGGCAUAAACGGGCGUACAGAAAAGCUUUGGAGUUUGGCUACUUCCAGGCAAUGUAUUCCACGUACCCCUCUCCCAUCCAGCGAUACUCCGAUUGGCAUGCAGAUGAGAGCUGGAGGGAUGGUCACAGAGACAGAACGACAGGUAGAGAAGAAGCAAGGGACAAUGAGGCCACUGAUUCAGACAGUGAGAAGGAGGAGAGUUCAGAUGAGAGCCAGAUCGAGUGUGACGUCAGUAACAUGGACAUCUCAGAAGAACUGCGACAAUACUUUGCCCAGACAGAGCGACAUAAGCAAGAACUUAAAAAACAACAGCAGAUGGAGGCAGAGCAGCAUGACUUGUAUGUUCUAGCUGACCAAGACUUGCACAGAGUUUCCUGGCGCAGCAGCCUGCCUCCUUCAGAGCGUCCAGGAGAAAGGAGAACUGCAGAGAUGAAAAAGCUGUAUGGUAAAGAUGCAGCAAAGAUUCAGGGGAUGGAAGCAGCCAUGCAGCUUACCUUUGACCGCAACUGUGACAAAAAACAGCCCAAGUACUGGCCUGUUAUACCACUAAACCUAUAGGACGAUCUGACUCCAUCAUUAGUAUGCCUGGCACAACAUCACAGGAUGAAGAAACUGUUCUAAACUGCUGUGUUGAUAGUACUGAAGUGAUGUGUCAAAUUAGCAUCCGCGAAGACCCGAUUCAUUUGUAGUACCAACACAUGUUAGGUCCUUAUAGAUAGAUUUUCUGCA